AUUUACACUAAGAUAGAUCUUCCAACUAGCUAAAUGAAAAGACUUGGUAUAAAUAGAAAGCAAAACCACCUUUUUUCAAAGAUCUUUUUAGAUAAUCCAGUAUUUUUUCUUUCUUGUAGAUAUUACACUACAUGACUAUGCUGACUCCAAGCCAGGAAACUUUUCAGGAAUAAGACCAAAGAAAGGAGAAAUGUCCAAACAUAUUGAUAAGAAAGAAAUAAGCAGUAUGGUAGUUGUUGAAGAACCAUCAUGGUUUGAUAAGGACCUCGAUGACUUUGAUAUCACAGUGGACAAGAUGACAGACUCAGAGUCAGAUGAAAGUGAAGAACAUGUGAAGAAAGCUCCAAACAUGAAAAAGAUGAAAAAACUACAGGAUAAUACAUGUACUUGUGGAGUUGUCUACCCUGUUGAUGUUUGGUUUCAGUUAGCAAGAUUUAUCUACCCUGAAUCAGUGACAACUUUUGCUCUUUUAUGUAGGGGAACAAAUGCAGUUGUGCAUACUGUACAAUUCUGGAAAACAACUUAUCUCAGGUACUACUGUGAUGCAGCAGACAUUCCCAAUGAUCUCCGUCAACAGGCAUUAGAUUGUAUUCAUGGACUUCGAGCAAGAACAAUUAGAAUGUUAUUUUAUAUGUAUCGUCCAUUCGUCAAUCGUACCAAAACAAUGGUACCAUUUGAGAACGAGCCACAUUGUCUUGUUGGACAAAGAUGCUUACUUACGUGGCAUAAAAAGAUAAAAAAUGUGUGGAGUUUUUAUUUUAAGUUCAGAAAAGGAGAUAAUGUUGACUUAAGCAGUAAUCAAAGAUGCAGUCUGAAGUCUAGGAAUUUUGAGAAAUGGCAUCAAGAUUUAUUCUACAAUCCUGAUAAUAACUGUUCAAUAUUGGAAGUAACGUGUCCGGGAUUCACGCCACUACCAAUUGUUAUGGGUCUUAUUUUGAAUGGUGUUUAUCUCAAUGUUAGUCACGGAAGUAUGCGUUACCACAGGCUGAAACUUGUCAUGGAUACGAGCUUCCGUGCAACUUCUAAAAAGAAUCAGAUGAGCAUGCACGAACUUGUCCUUGACCCAGUUUUAGAGGUCAGGGUUUACCCAUGGUGGCAUCCUAGCUUUACUGAUACACAAUCUAUGAUACUGACAAACGAGAGUUGAUGUAGACUGGGGUGUGUUCAUCAUAUUAGAUAUGUCUAUGUUGUAAGCUGGGUUACUGAACCAAGAUUUUAAACCCUUGAAACCUUAUUUUGCCUCUGUAUUAAUUACGAAUGUUUUGAGUUGUGAAAUUUUGAGUUGUGAAAAUGAAAAUUUGAAUAAGUUCAGGCAACUGACUAUACCUCUGGCAAAUGCUGUUUCUUUCCAGCAAGCAAGGGGAUAUACAUGUAUAAGCCAUGAGCAAUGUUUUGUUUUGUAUGCUUUCAUCUUAAAAAAUAAUCAUGUGUAGAAAAAAAAGGUAAAGAAAAAGAAGAUUUUGUUUAAUACAGACUGCAUGUAAAUCAAAAUUCUAGGAUAAUUUUAAAACAGAUUUGUUAUUGUUUUGUUCAUUAAAGAAUGCUUAUUGGAAUUUAAA